UGCUCCUCGAAAGGUUCGGCCACUCUCCGUCCGUCUUCCUCGUCGGCACGCUGCACAGUACGCGCGCUGCUCCUAAACCCAAACCCUAAAGCCGCCGAUUCCUCUCCUCUCCUCUCCACACCAGCUCGAUCGCGAUCGGGGUCAUGGCCGCCGCCACCGCGGCGCCGUCGAUCGACGAGGCCAAGGCGAAGAGCGUUCUCCGCCAGGUGGAGUUCUACUUCAGCGACAGCAACCUCCCGCGCGAUAAGUUCCUGAGGGAGACGGUCGAGCAGCGCGAAGAUGGAUUGGUAAGCUUGGCUUUGAUAUGCUCUUUCGCGCGGAUGAAGUCGCACCUCGGGCUGGACGCCGCCGUGAAGCCCGAAACUGUGCCAGAGGAGACAGUGCUCGCAGUAGCAGAGGUGCUACGUCGUUCCCAGAUGCUUCGUAUCUCGGAGGAUGGAAAAAUGGUUGGUCGAGCUAGUGAGCUGUUGAAGGCAGAUGAAAUCAUCAAGCAAGUGGACUCAAGGACAGUUGCUGCGUCACCAUUGCCUUACAAUGUAAAGCUGGAAGAUGUCCAAUCUUUCUUUGCGCAAUAUGCAAAGGUAAAUAGUGUCAGGCUACCACGCCAUAUCUCAAACAAAAAACACUUCUGUGGCACUGCCUUAGUUGAAUUUUCAGAAGAGGAUGAAGCGAAAAUUGUUUUGGAGAAUAAUUUGUUCUUUGCAGGGGCAAAUCUGGAAAUAAAACUAAAGAAGGAAUUUGAUGCUGAAACAGAAUCUAAAAAAGAAGCAUAUGAAAAGGCACAUCCUAAGAAGGACGAGCAGAAUGAAGGCUAUCCUAAAGGCCUAAUUGUGGCCUUCAAAUUGAAGAGAAUCACGGUUGAUGGUGGGGUGCAACAAAACUGUGCAGACAAUGAUACUGCCACUGAAGAAGAAACUCCAAAGUCCAUGAAGAAAACAUCAACUGGGGAAUCUGAAGAGAGGACUACCGUGAACAGUGAUAUGGAGGAACAGAAGUCAUCAGACGACAUGACUGAAGCGAAAGAAGUGAAUGCUGGGGAAGCUACAGAAUCUGGUGACAAGUGCACAGUUGAUGCCUUGCUAGAAAGUGAAAAGAAGGGUGAUAAUGAAACAUCGAUCAAAGAUGACAGAGGCCUCUCUGGCAAAGCGAAUAGUCCAAUCUCAAGGGAAGAUCUAAAAGAAGCGUUCAAAAAAUUUGGAACAGUUCGGUAUGUGGACUUCAGUAUCGGGGAUGAAUCGGGAUACCUUCGUUUCGAGGAUUCUAAGGCAGCUGAAAAAGCCCGCAUGUCUGCUGUAUUAGCUGAUGAAGGUGGCUUGAUAGUUAAAGACCACAUUGUUACCUUGGAGCCUGUGACUGGUGAAGCUGAGAAGGAUUAUUGGAAUACAAUACGUGGCAUUCAAGGGAAAUACAAGGACAAUAGGAGUUACAAAGGAAGGACUGGAAAGAGCUACAGAGGAGGAAAGCAGUUCAAUGGGAAGCGAGGCCGACAUUCUGAUUCCUCCGAAAAGGGUGCGAAUAAAACACAGAAGGUCGAAGCUGCUGCUUAGGCUAAUUUUAACGUCUUCACUCGACCGAGAAGUAACAUGCUACGCUUACUAUCGGUGGUCUUGUAUAUUUAUUAUAUCAGAGACCAUUUAUUACCAUAUUUUGUGACUGUUAUUGUCCAUUUUUUAUGCUAACCUUGUUCCAAGGUAUACUUCCGUAAUGAUUAGCCUUUAGUAACGGCUUUGCCGUUUACUUUUGAAUGGCUUUGGAGGAUAUAACCUUGUAUA